UCCAACUAAAAGAAGAUCAUAAAAACUUUCUCAAGUGAAACAAAAUGCAGACAGGCAAGAAUACAGGAGCAUCCGUCAAGGAGUCGGCGUCGAACAUGGCCGCCUCCGCCAAAGCUGGAAUGGAAAAGACCAAAGCCACCCUUCAAGAGAAGGGGGAGAAGAUGACUGCUCAUGACCCGAUGCAGAAGGAGAUGGCUAGGGAGAAGAAGGAGGAGAGGAAGCACGAAGCUGAGUAUGAGAAGGAGGCGGCUCGUGAGCACAACGCUGCACAGAGACAGGCCGGGGGGAACCACCGGUGUUACCGGCCACCACACAGGCACCGGCGGCACCUACCUUUGAUGGGUUUGCAUGCAUAUAGGAGGUUGUAGUAUGGAAUGGAUGCAUGCUUAAUAAUAUGUUUCUGUUUGGCGUUUUUAUCAGUCGUGCUUUGUUUUGUGUUUCUUUUUGUGGUUUGUGAACGUUGUACAGUUUGCAUAUGAUGUACUCGGGAAGUACCCGUCGUUAAUAAUAC